AAAAGGAGCACUUAUAUAUUUCUACGGACCAAUAAUAGUACUACUCACUAUGAAUGUGGUCUUAUUUUUAUGGACUACUCUGGUACUGUGGAAACAUUCGCAAAACUCCUCCAAAACUAAGAUACUCAAAUAUAGGUUAAAAAUGUAUGCAAAGCUGUUUUUCAUUAUGGGAAUUACUUGGAUAUUUGAAGUUAUGUCUGCUGUCCUCGUAAAUGAUAAAUAUAAAUGGAUCUGGUACUUCACAGAUGCGCUCAAUGCCUUGGUUGGUCUGAUAAUUUUCCUGGUAUUGGUUAUCUUCAGGAAAAAAGUGAUACGAUCGUUAGCUAACAGAAAAAUAUUUAUGUUCCUGAGAUUGCCUGCUAAUUGGAGGGAAGCGCAGGAUAGUGAGUGUGAGGAACUAGAAGAAGAAAUUAGCUUAGGAGAAAAUGACACAUGAAUGUUAUCAUUUGGACGAAAUAUGCUUACAAACUUUUUGUAAAUUAUGAGUUAUGAAACAAAGUAUCAAUAUAUUUUGUUGAAAUAAUGGAGCA